AUGGUCAAAGGCACGGCUGGGCGGGUGUCGAGCGAGGGGCAAGACAAACGAGUGAUAGCGGGCAAUGGACUUUCGCCGGCCGGGGACAGCUGGGCGGGCCGCAUCCCUUCCAGUUUACCCAGGCGAGUGAUGGAGACGAUCAUCAUACACGCGAUCACAGAUGAUCCGGCUGCUCGGAUGCUCUUUCUCGCUCAGCUAGGACCACAAUGGCACCAAGCAGCUCUUUCGGCCGUCUAUGGCCACCUCACCCUCGUCGACGACGACUCCAUCUUCCUCUUAGCAGGAGCCAGGGGCUUUACAGAGACAAGCCCUGCGUCGGGCCCGGGAGGGAUCAGCUGUCCCGUGAGGACACUCCUCCUGACCGACCGCGAUCGUCUGUUCGGUCCUUGCACGAGAAAAUACGCAGAGGCAGUCAGACACCUCACGGUACUGCCUGCAAGCCCUAAUCCAUCCUCUGAUGAAGAUGUCCAGCAAACAGUAGCUCGCCUGCCCUCGUCGCUAGAGGAGAAUACUCUCUUCCACCUGAUGUCUGCUCUCACGAACCUGCAAGUACUCGAAUGGAAGGCCAAGCGCACGCUGCCUCGCUCGAUGGGAGUCGUCAUCAAGGGCCUACGCAAGCUAGAGAGGAUCGUGGUCGACGGUCACGCGGAUCCGGGUGCCCCUUUGCUAGGCGAUAGCAGACGACGAUGGGACUGUCCACAGAUCCUGCAGCUCUCGUCCGACAAACUCACCCAGAUUGUCGUCUCUGAUCUCUCACUCGAGGGUGUACGGAAUCUGGGCCGUGCGAUUGCAGAUCUACCGGGUCUGCUGCACCUCAAAGUCAUCGCAUCGCCCUUUCUCGACGAUCAAUUCUUUACCGAUGUGGGCACAUACUCAAAACGUCUACAGACGUUCAAGAUCAUCAGAAUGUCAGGUACGAAGGUGACCGACAAGGGUCUCAAGUCCCUGCUCGAUGCUACCUUGUCGCUCACCCACCUCGAGCUGACCGAAUUUGAAGGCGAGGAAGAUCUGAUACUGCGCCACUCCACAGGCCGGCUGACGCGCAAGGCUUGGACACACUGUCAGCUGCCGGCAUCUAUGAUGUCCUUGGUCAUACGGUUCGCGGAAGAUGGACAUCAUCAUAGCUGGACACCAGAUCAUCUCGACUCGCUCGACGCGCUCUUUGGACCGACUCAACCUUCAUUGGGUGAAUUCGUGAUCGAGCGCGUCAUUCCCAUCGAAGCACUCACGUCAGGUCAACACGAAGAGAUACCUUGCGAGGAAGUCGUCAGGCCACGGGCAAUCCCCUCUGCGCUGGUUCAAGCACUCUCUAGAGAUACGCGAUCAAUCAGGACGCUCAUUCUCGACUUCUUCAGCUGCUCAUUCGAUCAGGCUAGAAUCAUCCUCGAGAGCUGCUCUGUCGCAACUCAUAUCUCGCUCAUGAUUGAUCUGCCCAUCGACAAGUUUAUUGCUCAAGCUCUGGGGCUGAGUAGCGACUUACGAGCCUUACGGCUCAGUGUCAGUCCCUCAGCAUUAUCACUGCUCCAGCUCAAGCCGACGACGACAACGCUUUGGACGACACACAUGCCGGCCACGCCUGCAGCUUCGCCGGAGCGCAAGCUUGCGCAAGCGAGCACAGAUCGGCUGAGCAAGAUGCCUGCGAUCGACACGCCUCCAACUUCGCCAUCUCGCGCUCUCAACGAUAUCAGCCACGCAAAGUCAGCCUCGCUCACUUCGCCCAUCAACAUCGAUAUCAUGCCGAGCCAGAAAGAUCUCAAGCGGAUCAAGAAGCGCGCUACCGAGCUCGAGAUGCUCGAGUGGUACGGCCGAGGCGGUAUGGGACGAUGGGUGUUUGUGACCACGACCGCAAAGGGCAAGCUCAAGAAGACAGAGAUUGUCACGGAGGCAGCCAACCUGCCCGUCGUCAUUGAGGAGCGCGGUUACACUCUGGAAGCAAGCCACGGUCUACCUUUGGCCGAUCAGCGAUAUGUCCUUUGCGAAAAGCUAGGCCUUUUCCGCGAAUCAAGCCUCGUGACCGAGGAAGCGGAAGAAGGAGAGGACACAGCCGAAGAGACAGAAGAGUGGCCUGCUCUCCCUGUAUCCAGCGCGAGUACGUCGACGGCGGUCGCAGCUGCACAGACGGCCAGGCGAUUUUCCUAUGCUGAGCAUCUGUCCGAUAAAGCAUCGCCUAGCGUCCUCUGGCCGUCGCCACUAUCGCCAAAGCAAUCCGCGCAGACGAUUGGGCGAGGCGCUGAGGUUACUCGUCCUGAUCAGACGCCUCGGCGCAACAGCGAGAGUGCGCUCAGCCCCAAUGCCGCAAAAUCGGAGCGGAAGAUAGUCUACAGUGCAAAACACGACUCGUCCCAUGCAACUGCACAAGGUCACACCGUCGUUGGCUGGUCCGUCAAAUCUCGCGGCGGCAAGAAACAUCGGAAGACGAAUAAAGAUGCCAAGCGCGACGCUCCCAGCAAGGAAGCUAAGCCGGCAGCAAAGCAAUAG